AACACACCGUCAGGUCCUUAUGGGCGUCUGGUUAAACAGAAUACAUUUUCACUUCAAAGUUGUUUUAACUGUGUUUACUACGAGAAAUAUGCCCUUCACGGCACUAGUUUGGUAUUUGACAAGCAAUACAUAUUCAUCCGCUUCUACAUGAGUGUCAAGAGCACAUCGGUACCCGGAUGGACUGUCAUGGCCGCCGUCGCUGUGGAUCCAUAGAGAGGAGACGAGGAAGGGAAAUGUUUCUGCUGUGUGUUUUUUCAACCUAUACCUUCUUUUCAUAAUGUCGGACGUUGACGGGACGCCGCCUGAACUUCCAUCGAGUUCAUAGCGCAGUGGCCACACUACAAACCCCUCUUCUUCAGACACAACAUGCAUUAAUGUUUGAGUUUGUCCUCAAGAAGUACAGAUAUCUGUAGAUUUACAACUAUGGAAGAAGACCUCACAAUACCUCACGAUUCUGCCAAAAACUGCAACAUUUCAGUAAUAGGGGAUGAAAAAGAAAAGGUAAAAGACUUUGUUUAUAAGCAUUUCAGAGAAGUGGCAGAUGGGUCACUCUUCAAUAAUGCAGAAGAAUCUUCCAUUAAGGAACAUGGGAGUUCUGCCAAGAAAGAGAAACAAACACUCAAUAAAGCCCAUUGUAAAAAUCAGCAGGGGGCUGUUUUCUCCGGAAAGAUUCUGAGUUUUGGAUGCUCAGUGUGUAAAGAUGAUUCCACAUAUAGCCCCAAUGAUCUCCUUAAACAUUUUCGAGCAGCCCAUAAAGGAACCCUUCCUACAUACCCAUGUGACCUGUGCGGUUUUGUCACAAAUGAGUUCCCUGCUCUUCAACGCCAUCGGAUUGAGCACAGGAAUACCCUGGUUACCUGUGAGCUAUGCGACAAUGAUGUUCAGUACUCUCUGCUUUUGCUUACCAGACACUACAUCAUGUGUCACAGUCUAAACGGGCAGUUUAACUGUGACUGGUGUGACUUUACAACUGUGGAUGCAGGUACAUUCGUCCAACACAUCCAUCAUCAUAAUGAGAGUCCAUGGAAGUGUUCAAAAUGCAGACAUAUCAGCUCAAACGAAGAGGAUCACCAGAAGCAUAUGAAAGCUCACUCGGGUACUUUCCCCUUCACUUGUCAGUUUUGUGGAUAUGGUGCAGCAAGAAGCGAGUAUCUUAAAAAGCACAUGGCAGCUGUUCACAAAGAGGAGGCUGAGAGAAGGAAUGUAUGGAAAAGUAUAGAGGACAGUGGGAAUUCAGCAUCUGCAACCUUAAAACUUUUCAUGAAAAAGAGUACUGAAGCACAGGAGGCUCAGAGGAUAUCGAAACUGAACUGUCUUUCUGGGAGUUUACCAAACCAAAAUGGCAGGCUAAUCAAACCAGAGAAAUCCCUUGAGGAGACCCACCACUUUGUGGAUGGGACUGUAGCAAAAAAGGACAACAAAAAUUGGAGCAAAGGUUCUCAUAAUACGGAGCAGUCAAUGCCAGUAAUGUUACAGGAAUGUGACAACUCUGCAAGUUCUGAUGCCGCAAGUCACACCAGCCCUAAUGGACUGACUGUUCUGAUGGUUAAGAACAAAAUCUCUCUUCCCCCCAACUGUACAACCAAAGUAAUGGGAUUCAAGAUGGUUGAUGGCAAAAAACAUUUAGUUCUCAAAGUAAUACCAACAGCAAAGCAAGAUUCAUCCACUCAGAACCAUUCCUUGGUUGAAGAUGUGGGCUCCUCAGCACCAAAUCCUGUGCAGUAUAAAAGCAAAAUCUCUAAUGAGAAUGGGGAGUUCUCUGACAGCAAGAAUUCAACAUCACAUUGCUUUGCUCUUUCACCAAGAACUGGAUCUUGCAUACAGAUGGAACAAGAUGAUAUUAUGGCAGUAAAAGUAAAGAUUGAGGAGGAAGAAACUUCUGUUUGCAACCUUGAUUCCACCCCACCUAGAAAUGAUAUUGGGGAGCAAACUAAUCCUUUACUAAUUGGGUCUUCAACUUGUGCAGAUACGUUAUAUCCUGUGACAAAUGAUUUUGAUCAUGUGGGCGACCAAAGUCACCAAAGUCAAACAACCUGCUCACAAAGAAGUAAGUUUGAUAAUAAUUCAGUCUCUGCGACAUUUAACUCUAAUGCAGCCUCCCAUAGUGGUUCUCAAAUCAGCAAUACUUCAACAGUGUGUGCUGGUAAGGUCAGUGGUUUAUCUUCACCUUCAAAAGUUGCUCAGGAAACAUUGCUUUCCAGACAAGUCUCCAAAGAAACCAUUGAAAACUGUGGGGCUGCAGAUGAGUUAUUAAUGACUGAUACAGAAACAGGCAAACUCAUUGACCAACACAGAGGGAACUCUCCCUGUAACACUAAAGAAAACAAUGACCAAUCUUCUCAGAGUACUCCAGAAAAGACUGAUAGGGUUAGACCAGAGACUGAACAGAAAAGCAGCCAGCAUCUUAAACACCUUUCCAUGAAUGCAGUACCAUCAGACUCAUCCACACCCACUUCAGGUAGCUGCAGAGAAAGUGCUGUGGGCUCAGAAAAUUGCACACAAAAUUCACCAAACCAAGGAGUAUUUACUUUUCACAACUACUCUAAGGAAACAUUUGGCACUUCACCUAACACUCCCCAAAACUUUGACAAUAUGUCUGAACAUUCGCUAGACAAAGAAAGUAUUUGUGAAUCAUCACAGUUUAGCUUGACAUUGGCAGAGUCUCCAGAACCAUUCACAGAAAGUGGCAAUGGAGAAGACUCUACUCAAGAAAAGAUAUUGGAUAGUGACAUUGAGGUUGAGGGAUGCAUAGCUAGUGUUGACGAUCCUGCCACUGAAGAUGAAAAUCCUGAUUCAGUGCUCCAAGACUUCAAUAUUAUUAAAAUUGAGGAGGACAGCAUUCCUAUAUCUAACAAACAGUCCGAAACAAAGAAUAGUUCAACUCUCUUGGGCAGUUUUGUGGAGGAACAUUCAGAUGCAAUCAUUACCCAACAACUUCAUAAGGAAAGAGUUGGGUCUUCAAGUGCAAGUAAUGAUUCUUUGAAACAAACAAAAACGACUCUACGAAUUCUUCAGUUGCCAGAGGGCAAGCAGUCAGUACUCUUAAGAACUUCGGAGAAUCGUUUUGCCGUGCCGAUGCAGGUCAAGGCCACUCCAGGUUUCAAACUGAUAACGAAUUCUGCAAAUCCUCAGAUCAAUGUAUCUUAUAUGAAGCCAGGGGCAGAAAGAUCAAGUAACCCUACUGGAGUAACCCUCACUCCAAACAGCAGGAGGAUAGGUGUAUCAGCACCAAAUCCAGGAGCUGAUGAAAAAGGGAAAACACUUCUCUCUGCUGUUCAACCAGGUGUUAGCACCACCUCAAAUCACUACUUUAUCAACAGCCCAGGAUUUAAGGGUCCUGUACUUCUUUCAAGCACACCACAUAAUACACCUACAGACAAAACGGCAAAGACACAGCAGACUUGCUACUUGGUACAAAGGUCUGUUCCAUUUGUUCAGAGCCCCAGUGCUCCUGGCCUCAGACUGGCAAGUACACAACUCCCACUGAGCUCACGGCCAGUUGUGGCCAUGCCUGUGAGCACUGCAGACAAACCUAACACUCUGCAAUCCGGUCGCCAGGCAUUUUUGCUGCGAUACAUUUCUCCACCCAAAUCACGCUUACUAUUAAACAACCAAGAUGCAAAGACUGGGACUCAGUGUAGCCAAUCCAGUGAAAGUACUGGAAACAAAGUCAUAUUUAAAAUAGUCACUCCUACUGGUAGCCUUCUUACAAGUGGUGCUCCCACCUCAAGCAGUCAGCCUUUGUUUUUGGCCACCAGACCUCAGACCCAGUGUUUUCUGGUGUCAUCGAACAAAACAAAUGCAAAUGCCUCCAGUGGAGUGAAGAAAUUGAUCACCAUCCAAAACACGGCACAGAAAGAUGUCAAGGAAUCUUGCAUUUCACCCUCUCAAAUGAAUGUAAAGGUACAGUCAAGUGAAGCAGAGAAACCUAUCCUAGCCCCAAGGCCAAUUCGGCCUCCAAGCCAAAGGAAAAGGCGCAGGAAACCAUUGUUUGACGAGCUCCCAGCAACAAUGCACAAAGCUAGAAGACUGACAAAUAAAAUACUGACUGAGAAAGAGACUACUGUGUUAUGGAAGCCUGUAGCCAAAGAAGUUGAAAGGACACUAAGGCUUGCCCCAUUCAGUUCUCUGCAGCAGGUCAAAUGCCCUCGUAGAUACCAACCUGUAGUGGUGCUCAAUCAUCCAGAUGCUGACAUUCCCGAAGUGGCCAAUAUCAUGAAGGUAGUUAAGAGAUACAAAGGUGCUGUCACUAAGGUCUCUCUGUCUCAGAAAACAAUCCAAGCACUCUCUGAGCUUGGUGCUCUAUGGGAGAAUUCCUCGACCAAAGACCAAUCGUCUCCCAGCGAUGAUCCAAGACCCCGGCCAGUACAGAGUUCUGUCCGGGAGCGAUUCCUCCUGAAACUGAAGUUGAGGAAAAAAAGCAAAAAAAAGUAUGAGGUUGUGAAAACUCGAUCAGGUGGUAGACAGGAGCCCGUGGUGUUUGACUGCUGGUUUUGUGGUCGGCUCUUCAACAGCCAAGAAGAUUGGAUUGGUCACGGUCAGCGGCACCUCAUGGAGGCAACUAGAGACUGGAAUAAACUGUUCUAAAAAUGUUCCAUCAUCUCAUAUGGGGUGAUAUUCUGUCCUUUUUGAGGUGAAACAAAUCGUUGAAGUUGUAUAUUUUUUAAUGACCUUCCACUAUACGUUUGUUCAAUUUCUGUUCCUGUAAAUACAUAUUCUUAAGUAAAUCAUAGUUUAUCUUUUCAUAGGUGCAUAUUCUGAUAAAUUAUGUACUGCAAGCAUGAUUUAUAUCAUGCAUGCACAGGUCAAAUUGAACUGUGAAAAUGGUACACUGUAAUUAGGAGUUGUGGUAGGAGCACUAGCUUAGAGAAAGGGGACAAUAUCAGCAAAGGUUGUAUGUAGAGUUGGCUUAAAUUACUCAGGUGAUUUCCUAUUAAUCUGGUUUGUCAUUUUUGCUCAUGAAUUUCAAAUAAGCAGAGGCCUAGAUUAAGGGACUUUUGUAUCUUCUUUUAUUAUCCUGCACAUGAGGACAGGGAACUAUUUGUAUAGCUUAACUCUAAAGCUUGUAGACAGAUUCCUUUGUUUUGUGCAUGUGAUAAAAAACUGUUCUGGUCCAAAUUAUUCCUUUUUUUGUAUAAUGUUUUAAUUGAGGGGGGUAUAAUUUUACUCUAUUCUAUUUUCAGGAUUAGUUUACAGUUUCUGUCAAGGAUUUUGUCAAUGUGCAGCAUGCGCUUGUCAUAACUAGAACUGAGAUUUUUCAAGGUAAUCUCUUAAAUCUGCCAGGUGUUGCAAACAGAUAGAUGGUUUUAUAGAUUUUUUUUUUUUUGCUGAGAGCAGAAAUCCUUUUCUCUGUUAAACAUGGCUCUCUGUCAGUACUUGAGACUUGAGAUAUCAGUACUAUCAGCCCAUUUUACGUCCUAUGCAGUUUCCAUGCAACAAUAUGUUUGCUGUCCACAACUCAGACUGUUUACUUGUGCUCAUGUUUUGAAUCCACUGAUCUCUGAGUUUACUGUAAAAUCUCAAAAUUCCCACAAAUUUGCUGUCAGAUUUUUUUUUAUGGGUUGCAAUGUUUGUUCAUUUAAGAAGAUCAGGUACAGGAAGGUAACAUCAAGAAAGACUGAAUAUGAAAAUCUGUCAGAAACAACAUAGACAAGUUACAGUCAAUUGUCAUCCCAGGGCUCAUCAGUAAAAUUUGGCAUCUGCUUCCAAAACUUUAAAAUGCCAGAAUUAGCAAAAUUUGGAUUUGUAAAGAUUGAGUAACUAUACCCCAUAUGUCAAUAAUAAGUAUCAACAAUGGUUAAGGCAGGGCUGCAACUAUUUUUACUAUUGAUUAAUCUAUUUUAUCAUCUUGAUUAAUCACUUAAUCGUUUGUAGCCUGGUAAGACCAUCCUGAUGACUUGAGCUCAACACUCUGUUUCGCUCUGUGUAAAAUCCAAAUAGGGCCAACCACAGAACCACACUGUACUUGACAACAUUAACAGCCAUUUAGGGACUGUGUUUUAGUUGAUGACAUAAAGUGCAGCCCUCAGCUUGCAGAACGGUAAUGGCGGCUCACGAAGCAACAAGCCAUCUCUAACGUGAGUAGAGUAAACACAGUAUUAAGUGAAAUUAUUAUAGAAAUAGAGUCGAUAGAAACAUUUAAACAAGGACAAUAGUUUGCACUCGUGGAGUUUCUCAGAGGAAAAGAUGUUUUCACAGUUCUUCCAACUGGAUUUAGCAAAAGCUUGAUUUAUCAACUGGCUCCCUUGGUGAUGAUGAUGUUCCCCAGGGUUUUAAUAUGCUGAUUGGCUGAAAGAGUUUGUUUGUCAAGGCAAGUACUCCCAAACACUGAAAGUGUUUGGGGUGGCACCGAGACCAGACUGAUACAGAGAGCGAAACAGAAUGUUGAGUUCACACCAUCAGGAUGGUUUUACCAGGCUAAAUCAUUUAGUCUAUCAAAUAUCAGAAUACAGCAAAAAGAUCAAGGUGACAUCAUCAGAUGUCUUUGUUUUGUCUGAUAAUCAGUCUAUUAUCGCGUAAUACAGGGAAAAGCAGCUAAUCAUCAAUUUUAUAAGCUGGAACGAGGUAGUGUUUGGAAGUUAUGCUUGAAAAAUGACAAUUUAUUUAUUGUCAAAAUAGUUGCAGAUUAUUUUAUUAUCGAUCAGGUGGACUAAUCAAAUUCUUCAAUACAAGUAGAUAUUAAAAUGAGUCUCCAAAAAUAAUAUGACAGAUUUCCAAUUGUUUUUUGGUUUUCACUAUUGUUAUUUAAUUGUUGAGAUACUACUACUAUACCAACCUCAACACUCCUGCAGAUAUUUCGCAUUAAAAGCCUGUUGGUAAAGGGAGGAAUUAUGUCCUUUAAGCCACUGUAAAGCUGGCUUGGCAGCCAAUAAUGUUGAGCCCUGUGUUACUAUACUACCAUCCUGAACACAAUAACUAAUUUUUAGACACUUGGAACACUACACAACACUUUGGGAAAUGGAAACAUUGGACCUGUGUUACUGCUGGUAGUGCUUAUCAGAAUAAGGAUAAAGGUUGUUUUUAUAAUGGCAGGGGUUGGCUGGAUCACCCCAGAAGUACAAAAUGUGAUCACAGAGAAAUUUUAAACUUUACAGGAAUAGAUGAGGGUUCAUAUAGAAAUGUGCAAAGCAUGAUUCAACAUCAGUUUGAUACAGAACAAAAUGCACAUACUGACCCCAGAUAAAAUCACAGAUAAAGGCAUUUACAUACCUUUAAACUGUUAUUGGUUCAAUGAAAGGUUUCUUGUUAAUAUCAGAUACUUUCAGAGGCGAUGUGAUUUUUACCGUCACAUUUGUUUUUUAUGCUCUGUAGACAGUUAAGUAUAGUAGGAGCCCUGAACGUAACCCAUGUGUUUGGAGUUUCACGUGUUAUUGCAUUUAUGUUGUACUGUAAACCUGCUCACUGGCAUCAUCAGGUCCAGUCUGUUGUACAUACAUUUGUUUUAAUGUUACAGUUGACGCUUUUUUUCAUCACAACAAGACAUUUACUUUCUUCUUGGGGUUUUAAUGAUUGUAUUACAUGAUGAUGGAACUGUGGAAUUAAUGUUUUCUUCCGUUCAAUAUGCAAACGUGACUGAACAAUGCAAGCCAUGCUAAUGUUUUUAUACUUUCAAAAUGGUUCUAAAACAGCCAGCCUCCAAUUACUGAAGUUCUGACCUCAGCAGGGGCCGCUUUUCACCAGCAUUUGCUAAAAAUUCAUUUUAAUCAAGUGCUCCAAUCAACAAUGGGCAUUUUAUUCCACACUAACUCAAUUCCUUGAAAUCAUUUCCCAUAAAACUAAAACUGUGGCAUGAGUAGCAGCAUUCCACUCAUAUUUGUGACUCACCUAUGGAACCAAACAAGCAUUCAACUUUUACUCACUUCACGGGGUGUUUUCACAAGCUUUUCUUUAAGGAUUUGGUCAGCAUUUUUGGGAAAUGCGCUCCCUGCCUUUUUUUUCCCCCAGAGAGUGAGAUCAAGAGAUUGACAUGUAUGUGUUAACUUUCACAGAGCUGUAGUCAGGAUGUGGUUAGCCUAGCAUAACAGGUUUGAAGCUAGCCUGGCCUUCUCCAAAGUCAAAAAUACACCAACCAGCACCUCACUGAUCAGCAUGCUUUAUCUUCAGACAAAGCCAGGCUAGCUGUUUUUCUUUGUCUCCAGUCUUUAUGUUAAGCUAGGCUAACCACGUGCUGACUCAAGAUCCAUACGGAACAUGCAUACUGAAAAUUGAUGCCCAUCUUCUCAACUCACUCUUGUAAAGAAAGCAUACUUUUAUGAAAUGUUGAACUAUUCCUUUAUCAAACCAGCCUAGCCCACUACAGAAAGCCAACUUGGUAAAAAUGUCCAGCACAGUCUGACAGAAUUUGUUUUGAAAUGGAAACGACCUCUUAACACAUUAUGUGGUGGUGGGCAACAAAUGUGUUAAAAUGUGCAGGCAACAUGAAAACAAUGCCAGUGUAAAAUCUAUUAUGAAUGGUCGCAGUUUCAAACACAUUAACAUGGUUAACAUUCUGAAAUGGUGGCAGUUUCGUUAGGUUUAGUGAAAGAAAAACACUUAGGUCUAGAGAACAAAAAAUACUUGGUUAGGUUUGGAGAAAGAUCAUGGUUUUGGUUUAGGUAACUACAUAUGGGAUGUACGUGACAAAAAUGUAACUAGUUUGGGUAGUUACAUAAACUACCUACAUAAAGUGCUUUGCAUUUUUUGGUAAAGUCACGUAACUAUGUUGACUUUUCGUCCCACAGGGGACACAAGCAGAGGUCUCCUGCUUGAAAGUUUGUUUGACCCAUCCACCACCACUCCCAGCUGCCCUACAGGGACUUCCUUGCUCUUUAUACUUAAUUCUUGCAUCCACUAUGAUAAAAGAUCCUCAUUGACUUUGCAUUGGCAUUGUUGUCAUGUUGCCAGCACGUAAUUUUAACACAUUUCAUCCCCACUACCAUGUAAUGCAUUUCUAGCAUUUCAUGUAUUUCCAUGAGACAGUGCUGUAAUAUCCCUUAUCCAGGACAAACCAUCCUGUUUGGUGUAGGUGUAAUAACAUCCCAACUCACUUAAAUGCUAUUUAAAAUGUACCCUUCUUUACAAUCCAAGGUGAAUUUGCGAGUGAAUAAUUGUCAAGUUUCUGUACAGUUCUUGUUUAUGAGGGAAAAAUGAUGACUUGACGUUUAGCCUGCAAAAUGUCCAGCAUCACAAGAUUCAGUGUUCAAGUGGUUGGUAUUUUUCUUGUUAAACCAUUUUUUGGGCUACAAUAUAAAUACUGCUUACAUACUGUAGUGUACUGUAAAGUAAAAUAACAGGAGACAAUGUAACGGAGGUUCGUAAUGUUUUUUUUUUUUUUUUUGUCAUUUGCAGUCAUGUUGGGGGAUGUUCAGUUGUUGAUUUUUUUUUUUUUUUUUUUUUUGCAAUAUUUAAACUGGAAUUUCUGUAUCUUGACAUAACAAUUGUCAGUUUUGGGAUAGGAUUAUAAAAGGGGCUGAUGAAAAUGUUUUAACAGCCCACUUUUCUUGUUGAUUUUGUAGCUCAGUCCCCCUCAGACAGACAGCUUGAACUGAUCCCAGCUAAGAUGAUACAAACACCAAAUGAACUCAAGGUCUUCAUUCAUUUUGUUUCAGAUGGCUUUAUGUUUGUUUCUUAACGGUUUCAUAUAUAUGAUGGAAAUGCACAGUGUGAGAACAGUCCUCCUUCUUCACUGCUCCAGGCCAAAGAACCAUUUGGUUUUAUCAGAACAUUUUAAAAGCAAGUGUUGAUCGGGUGUCUGACUGUACACACGAGUUCUCCACUGUGAUAAUUACAAACCACUUGUUACAUUGGGACACACUACUAGAUCAGCAUACUUUGUCAGUUGUAUGAGCCCAAAACAAAAAGUGAAAUUGAAAUCCAUGUUUUAUAUAAAGACACUUUGUACAGUUCAGCCUUCUGCCCCUCGCCCUCUACUCAACAACAAAUUACGUAUUAGGUUUGAACCCUUAAAUGCUGAACUCAUCAUGUAUAGUAAACUGUUCCUGUCCAGCAGGCCGUUCAGCUCUUACUGAAUCUUUCCUCAUGCUAAGUGCCUCAAAUGUCGUUUGGCAGGUUGACAAUGUGUACUGUAUUCUUUUGUUCAAUUUAGUGGUUCACUCUCCUCUAAUAAAUGUACAUACCUUAUGGAAA